AUGGCGUGUUUGAAUCAGUUAAUCAUAGCGAUACUCCUCCUGGGGGUACAAUGCGCCCUUGGGAGAGCGGCAGCAGUGGAUCUGGAUCUGGAUCUUGAGAGGGCCACCACCACCACGGACACCACUAGGGAUUGGUGGCAAGUCGCCCAGUUCUAUCAGAUCUAUCCGAGAUCCUACAAGGACUCGAAUGGCGAUGGCAUCGGCGACCUGCAGGGCAUCAUCUCCAAGCUGGACUACCUGAAGGAGAUCGGGGUGACGGCCACCUGGCUGUCGCCCAUUUACAGCUCGCCCAUGGCGGACUUUGGCUACGACAUCUCCGACUUCUACGACAUUCAGCCUGAGUACGGAACCCUCGCGGACUUCGAUGAGCUGAUUGUGGAGGCCAACAAGCGGAACAUCAAGAUCAUCCUCGACUUUGUGCCCAAUCACUCGAGCGACGAGAACGUUUGGUUCCAGAAGUCGGUGAAGCGGGAGAAGGGCUACGAGGACUACUACAUGUGGCACGAUGGCUAUGUGAAUGCCACCACUGGGGAGAGGGAGCCGCCCUCCAACUGGCUGCAGGCCUUCCGCGGAAGCGCCUGGGAGUGGAACGCGGAGCGCCAGCAGUACUACCUCCACCAGUUCGCCGUCAAGCAGCCGGAUCUGAACUACCGCAAUCCCGCGGUGGUGGCCCAAAUGAAGCGGGUGCUCACCUAUUGGUUGGACCGCGGAGUGGCUGGCUUCCGCAUGGACGCGGUGCCCUGGUGCUUCGAGGUUCUCCCGGACGCCGAAGGUCGCUAUCCCGACGAGCCUCUCAGUGGCUACACGGACGACCCGGAUGAUUCCUCUUACCUGAAACACAUCUACACCCAGGAUCUGCGGGAAACCGUGGAGAUGGUGUUCCAGUGGCGCACCCUGCUCGAUGAUUACCAGCGGAUCCACGGCGGCGACACGCGAGUCAUCAUGGUGGAGACCUAUUCGGGCCUGGACUACGUAAUGCAGUUCUACGGCAAUCGCACCACCAAGGGCGCUCAGAUGCCCUUCAACUUCCAGUUCAUCAUCGGCGGCAACGGGGACAAGAACAACACGCAGCUCAAGGCGGCGGGAUUCGUGAAGAUCAUCAACAGCUGGUUGACCCAGAUGCCCGCCGGUCAGACAGCCAACUGGGUGAUGGGCAAUCAUGACCAGCGGCGGGUGGGCAGUCGGUAUGGGGAGAACCGCAUCGACUUGAUGAACAUGCUGCAGAUGUUCCUGCCCGGCGUGAGCAUCACCUACCAGGGCGAGGAGCUGGGCAUGACGGAUCUGGACAUCAGCUGGGAGGACAGUCGCGAUCCGGCGGCCUGCAACUCCAACGCGAAUAUAUACGAGCAGUUUACCCGUGAUCCAGCUAGGACUCCCUUCCAGUGGAGCGAUGAGGCCAACGCUGGGUUCUCGACCAACGCCACCACCUGGCUGCCCAUCAACCCGAACUACGUGACCGUGAAUGCCAAGACCGAGAAUGCCACGAGUCCCAGUCAUCUGAGCCUGUACAAACAGCUGGUGGAGCUGCGCAAGCUGAAGACCCUGCAGUUGGGCGCCACUCGGUACGCGAGUGUGGGCGACAAUGUGGUGGCCAUCAGGAGGCAUCUGAGUGGGGAAGCCACCUAUGUGCUGGUGGCCAAUGUCCUGGACACCAGUGUCUCCGCUGUGGAUGUGGCCAGUGCCGUCUAUGCCACUGGCAGCUACAAGAUCAAGCUGCUCAAUCCGCAGGCCAAGGCCACAGUUGGCGACAGCGUCACACUCAGCAACUUGUCGUUGGAGCCAUACGCAGCCCUGAUUUUGGAGUCUGUCUAGAGUUUACAUAAUCAUAAGUUUCUGAAGAACAAUACAUAAAGUACAUCGAUAA